AUGUCAAAGAGACUCAUUACUCACAGGACAACAGAAUCAGAUGUAGAUUGGUGGUUAAUCAUCAAGUUGUCAAUGGGUGAUUAUUUAUACCUCUACUAUGAUUCUGAUAUGCAUGAACAUCAAUUUAUGCAAGGUAAAUUCCUAAGAUCAAGGUACAGUGCAUUUGGACAAGCAUUAAAAACCAUUGAAGAUGAUGCAAUAGAUUACAUUGUGGUGUAA